CACCGUUAAUUAGAUUUCCCCAAAGAAAUUUCUAGGGUUUUCAGAAUCUCCGAAAUUUGCUCUCUUUCUUGAAAUUUUGAGAGAGAAGAAAAAGUUAAAUUUAGAAUUUCCGAUAUUUUUGGGGUUGAGAUUGGGAAAAUCGGGGUUUCGAUUUGAAUUGGAUGGUGCAGUUAAUGAGAUCGGGAAAUCUUAGGCCGGAGCCGGAGACGACGUGCCGGGACAAGCCACCGGUGAAAUUGGAAAUCGUCGAGGAUACUUUAGAGGAAGAACAUGGCCCUCUUAGUAAACGAUCCAAACCCUCUCCAAAUCUUCAACAGUGGAACUCCGACGUCAAUGCUUUCCCGAUCCCUCCAUCGCAAUACAAUCCGUUGGAUGAGCCGAGCCCACUUGGUUUGAGGCUAAGGAAGAGUCCUUCACUUUUGGAUUUGAUCCAAAUGCGCCUUUCUCAAUCCCAAAGCAGUAGCUCAGCUGCCGAAGCUGAAAAUUUGAGCUCUGGAUUCAAAAAGGAGGCUAAAGCUGCUAUUAUUACCGAUAAGCUUAAAGCCUCAAAUUUUCCAGCAUCCAUUCUCCGAAUCGGCCAUUGGGAGUAUAAGUCGAGGUAUGAAGGUGAUUUAGUGGCCAAGUGUUAUUUUGCAAAGCAUAAGCUUGUUUGGGAGGUAUUGGAAGGUGGGCUGAAGAGUAAGAUUGAAAUACAGUGGUCGGAUAUUAUGGCUCUGAAGGCAAACUGUCCUGAUAAUGGACCAGGGACUUUGAAUGUUGUGCUGGCUAGACAGCCACUUUUUUUCAGGGAGACUAAUCCACAGCCUAGAAAACACACCUUAUGGCAGGCAACUUCAGAUUUUACUGACGGUCAAGCUAGCAUGCAUAGGCAACAUUUUCUGCAGUGUCCCCAAGGAUUGUUAAACAAACAUUUUGAAAAGCUCAUCCAGUGUGACAUGCGUUUGAACUGUUUAAGCAGACAGCCAGAGAUAAUUUUGGAUUCACCAUACUUCGAAUCACGAACUUCAGUGUUUGAGGAUCCUGAUGAACCGAAAGGGCAAGGUUUUGGCCAGGGGGAGACUGGUAAAGGAUCCACUAGCUCUGGCUUUCAGAAUAUAGCAUCACCAGCAGCUCAGUCUUCAUCCCUGGAGAUUGAGAAAGGGGAUUCUGCUGGUAUAACCUCAGAAAACAUGUCCAGGGAAGCUCCGUCCCCCAGUUCAGUGAUGGACUCUCAUGCCAUUGAAGGAAGUGGAGUUUGUGAAGCAGUGGAUUCAAAGGGGUCAAGGAAUUGGGACCAGAUAAAAGUGCCUGGACUUCACCCAUCUAUGUCCAUGAGUGAUUUUAUGAGCCAUAUCGGACACUGUCUUUCGGAACAGAUGACCUCUGGAAAUCCAUCUUCUGAAAAUAUACCAGACUGCCAGGAAAUGCUGGAGGAGAUUGCACAGUACCUUCUCAGUGACACUCAGUUUACAACAGCCUCUGAUGAGAAAUCCCUCAUGUCAAGGGUCAAUUCUCUCUGUUGUCUUUUGCAAAAGGACACUACAACAGGCACAAACUCACAGGCUAAUGGAGAAAAUUACGGUGGACCUGAUGAUGGAAAAGAUGUUCAGCUGAACAGAAGUCACGAAUCUGGGUUUAAUAUUACAGCUAACGGUGAUGUGAAGACUUCUGAAGGGGAUACAAAGGAAGUCUCUACUAGCAAGCAGGCUCCAGGCAUGUCAAGAAAAGACUCAUUUGGUGAGUUGCUGCUUCAUCUUCCCCGAAUUGCAUCUCUCCCAAAGUUCUUGUUUAACAUUUCAGAAGAAGAUGGAGAGAGUCAAGCUAGAUAAGAUAGUGUUCUUGUUUAUUGACCUUUCAGAAAAUGAUGAAUUUCCCAAUCUCUCUCAUGUUAGUUGCAAAUCUGAAGGUUGUCUAUUAUAUCAAAUGUAUGUGGAGGGAUGCUUCGACAAUGGGAUUUAUCAGGAUUUGGAAAAUUCUUUUGAUGAAGAAUUCUAGUAAAUCCCAUGUAAAAAUCUUUAGGGGUUCUAGCAAAAUUGUUUGAUGUAAUAUCUGGAGCAGAUUGUUGUUUCUAUUUUAAUUUGUAAGUAAAUUGUAAUUGAUCUGUGCAAGUUCUGUUCUUAUCAUACACUGUGGAAAUUGCUAAAUUGCUUUUAGCGCUUGAUUGUAAGUUGGAUAUUUCGACAUGGAGGGAUUGGGGAGGGUUUCCA